AUGCCAUCUUUUAAUCCUUUUGCUGUUGGGGGCCGGAAUGCUUGUACAUUAUUCGAGAUACGUCUCGAGAAUGAUUUCAUCGUUUUCCGAGGAAACGAGCACGAAGCUUCCGGCCAACUUCUAAAGGGUGUAUUAGUCUUAUGUCUAAGAGAGCCUUUAAAGGUCGACGAUGUUCAUCUACGUCUUAUGGGUAACUGUCGAAUAGCAUGGGUCGAUGGAAAGCAAACACCGUCCGGUAUUCACAACCAGAAGGUAGAUCGGACUUCUACGAUUCUAAGGCAUACCUGGCCGCCUUUUGUAGGCCAAACGACGCAUCACAACACCUUAGCGCCUGGGAACUAUGAAUGGCCGUUUGAGCUUUUGCUGCCAGGAGACACCGCGGAGAGUGUCGAGGGACUUUACCAAACUGGUAUUACCUACGUCUUGAAGGCAACCAUAUCGAAAGGGAAACUAGCCAAGAACUUACACGCCUACAAACGAUUCCGUAUUAUUCGUACUUUGGAACCAGCUGCGCUUGAGUUCAACCAUGCUAUGAGCGUUGAGAAUAUAUGGCCCAAUAAGGUCGAGUAUUCUGUGGUCAUCCCACAGAAGGCUGUGGUUUUUGGCAGUAAUAUUCCCUUGGAGAUGCGUUUCACGCCACUGCUGAAAGGAUUGGAGAUGGGCAACAUCACGGUCAAACUUAUCGAGAUCCAAGAGUUCAGUGUACUGAGUUAUCCGCCACCAACGAAAUCAUACAAACACGACCGGGACGUUACAUCAUGGAAUUUCGAAGUAACCCGCGAGAACCACUGGCGCGAUAAUAUCGAGGAAACAGGUCAAGAAGGAUGGGUUAUCACAAGAGAAUUGCCACUUCCCAAGAGGUUAAGCAAAUGCAUCCAAGACUGCGCAGUCCACGGCAUUAAAAUCAGGCAUAAGCUUAAGCUUACCGUUGCACUAAGAAACCCCGACGGCCACAUUUCUGAGCUUCGCGCAUCUCUACCAAUCACCAUUUUCAUUUCACCAAACAUGCCAUUAGACGAGGAGGGUAAUCUCGUAUCCCAAGCGCCGGAAUCAGCCAACGACGCGAACGAGAGCGAUGCAUCAUUUAUGGCCCCUCCUGGUUAUGGGAUGCACGUUUUGGAUCAAUUAUAUGAAGACGUGGAUACAAGUGGAAUUAUGACCCCCGGGAUACACAGCGGCGUCAAUAGUCCUUUCUACGCUCAAUCACGGGCAGGUUCAUCGGAGAAUCUUUCUGCUUUGGCUCAUGCUGUAGCGGUCCCCCCUGCAGCUCUGUCUUCCAGGUUGCAAAAUAUGACUCUUGACGAAUCUCGAAGGAAUGAAUCAUACACGUCGACAAUUUCGGGCUCAGGGGCAACCACUCCAUUCAACCACCCACAAGAUAGUGAGCACACUGGGGAGUCAUCGCAGACGCAUUCCGCACAAUUAUCGCGACAAACCAGCGAGGAAGAGAACGCAACUCAUGCAUCAGGUCACCACACUCCACCACAACAUAACGAAUUCCCGGAUCUUGCACAAUUGAGCAAAGUCCCGAGCUACACAACGGCAACGAGGGCCCCGCUCUCAAGGGCACACAGUUACAACAACUCCGUUGGACUUCCGGAUUACCAGACGGCAAUGAGUGCAAUAAGUGCGCCGAAUACGCCUACUCGCAUAGUAGUGACAGAUCCUAUGACAACUAUUACGGAAACUCCACAUGUGGUGGUUGACACUACUUCGGACACGCACUCCAGGUCUAGGCAAACCAAUCGGCACUCGAUGGGAGGUUUCAAUUUUUUCCCCAGUCACGCAUCGGUGGGUGGCACUGAUGGCGAGCGACGGCUGCGACUUGUUCAAGGCAGAAGUGGCUAG